AUGAGUGAGCACGAAAAUGGCUCAAUACCACCAGAGGCAUCCUCCGAGCCAUCCUUUCAGCGGCCGAACAAGCGCGCUCGAGUUGUGGUCGCUUGUAUGAGGUGUAAAACAAGACGUCAAAAGUGCGACAACAAAUUACCGGCCUGUUCCAAUUGCGCCAGGGCGAAGCUGAACUGUGUCUUCCCGGAAAACGAGUACCCAGCAUCCUACGUCAAGGCACUACAGACCCGGGUUGCAUGGCUGGAAGCACAGCUGGGCCCCUCGCGGCCAACCCUGCCGGGGGAACAUCUCUCCAUAAGCGACAGCAAUGAUGCAGCAGGAGGCUCAGGGGAACGAAUGGCUUCCCCACCUAGUACUCCAAAUUUGGCCAGUAGUGUUGGCUUAUUGUCUCUACAGGCGGCAGCCGAACCACAAUACUUCGGAGUGUCAUCUGGGGUGUCUUUAGCCUUGAUGAUCGAGUCAGCCGUCUACGAGAAAGCACGACCUCUUUCCAGCUUGAGUUUACCUGCGGAGACGGUCGAAAGUCCAUUCGCGAGCAGCAGCCGGAGCGCUCAUCCAACUGCUAUAGCGCCCUUGCCGCCAGUCGAGAAGGCGACAUCUUUCAUGACCGCUUAUCUGUCGUAUAUUCACCCCAAUUUCCCGUUUCUGUCCAAAAGGCAAUUGUGGAAAGCUCACCACAGUCGGCACGAGACGGAGAACGCUAGUUCUAGAGAGGCACACCAUGAUGAUGUGGUGUUGCUGCUGGUGUAUGCGAUAGGAUCUCGCUGUUUGAAACUGGUGGGAUCAGAACAGGUCGCCGAAUCGGAGCCGGAAAGCUUUUAUCAUUCAGCCAUGGCGAAAAUACAAGAUCAACUCAACGUUCCAAGCGUUCAGAACAUCCAGGUUAUCCUCUUGGUGGCCAUCUAUGCUUUGCGAUCUCCAUCAGGAUCUAGUAUAUGGCAUUUGUGUGGCUUGAUGAUCAGACAAUGUAUCGAACUAGGACUUCACCGGCAACUACGGAAAGAUGACAAUACCGCACACUCGGAUGAAUUCAAGAGGAGGUUGUUUUGGAGCAUCUACCACCUGGAGCGGAGAAUCGUUCUCGUUCUGGGAAGACCAUUGACCAUAGCCGAUGAUGAGAUCGACAAUCCAUUACCCAGUGAGAUUGAAGAUGACCAUUUCCAAGAGACCCCAGAGCUUUCAGAGACCGGCCGUGAGCACCCAGGCUGGGACCAGAACAUUCAGCCACGAAGACCUCCUACAGUGGCGGGAACGGAUAUCCUGUUCCACGUUCAUAAUAUUCGGCUAGAUCAGAUCAACGCGAAAAGCCGUCUCGCUCUCUCUCGUCUCGCGAAGGCUGGCCGUGGGACAAGGGUCGAGCAAAAGAUUGCGAAGCGAUUUCAAGAACUUGAGAACUGGAAAACGGCCAUGUUUGGUCACUCUAUUGGAGCUGAUACCUCAACAGACCUGAUGUCGUCCACUUUCAGGACUCCUGUUCAAACCCCCAUGUCGCGGCCUGCCUUGCCGGAAGCACAGCGUCUUGCGUUGCUGCUCAACUACCAUCGAGCUCGCCGUGUGCUGCUCCAGACCAUUCUAACCGAAAUCCAGUUGUACAAUCAACCAUUCCCAUUUGCCUCGUUUGCCAAGUCAUCUGGCGAAGUCUGCCAGCUCAACCGGCGACUUCACCGCAUACGAUCCGUGCCCUUCACCCUGCUGGAUCUUCAUUCCGUCUUUGUCGCGGGAUUCUCCAUGAUCUACUGCGCGUGGUCCGAUCCUAGUCUCUACGAUGCUGAAAUGGCGGCUGACUUGGGAGCUUGCUCAACCGUGCUGUAUUUGAUUGCCGAACAGUGGGGCGAAGGGGCCAAGAAAUACCGUGAUGCCUUCGAGCUGAUUGCCGGCAAGACGGCAGAGUAUGUCCUGAGUCCAAGGCGGUCACAUACGAGCAGCCAACAGCAGCCGGUAUCUGUUGGCCUCCAUGCACCGGCUCGCACAUCAAUCGCCCCAAGCGACACGGUCCUGGGCGGCGUGAUGCCACAACCGACCUCGUCCGAUGACGUGGAGCGAUCCAAUGGUGAUGGUUGGGCAAAGGAUAGCUUCGACGUCUGGCAGAUGAUGACUGAGUUCGUUCAAACUCAGGACAGUGAUUACGAGUGUGACCCUGUCAACUUUAAAGAGAUCGAGGCUUUUUUGACGGAAGAGGGCUUAGGCUGGUUCAAUGGGGGUACAGGCACGGGCUUCUGA